CGGAUGGGUACGCGUUGCCUAGCAACCGGAUUCCCGACCCUCCCUUUAGCCCGGAGUCGGAAACUAGAUUUCGACUCCAAGAUGGUGACCGGAUGUGCCGUUUUUCGAUUUAUUUCGUGCUUGAUGUUGUGCGCAAAAGUUUGCUCGAUUUCAAGAGGCCCUUAAAGGGGCUCGUUGUGCCCAUUCUGAGAGUUUCGUGUUGUUGGUAUGCCCCAGGGUAGAGAUAAAACCACGGCUCGCAAAAUGCCCCGCACAAACAUGGCCGUAUCAGCAUCAGCAGAAGCUGCCAGACGUCCGGCGGGGCUGCGCACACCGCGCAAGCGCACUUCUGUUCGUCCCGGGACGGCGACGGCGUCAGCGGCGCUGGCGUCGGCGGCGCGGGGCAUGGUCCCCGGAUCCGAAGGCCCGGCGCGGGCCGGGGGCCUGGUCGCCGAUGUGGUGUUUGUGAUCGAGGGGACAGCAAACCUGGGGCCGUACUUCGAGGAGCUCCGCAAGCACUACCUGCUGCCUGCCAUAGAGUACUUCAACGGGGGACCCCCUGCAGAGACGGACUUUGGGGGAGACUAUGGUGGAACCCAGUACAGCCUUGUGGUGUUCAACACCGUGGACUGCGCUCCAGAGUCCUAUGUACAAUGUCACGCACCUACCAGCAGUGCCUAUGAGUUUGUCACCUGGCUCGAUGGCAUCAAGUUCAUGGGCGGUGGUGGCGAGAGCUGUAGUCUCAUCGCUGAAGGUCUGAGCACUGCCCUGCAGCUGUUCGAUGACUUUAAGAAGAUGCGUGAACAGAUUGGCCAGACCCACCGAGUCUGUCUCCUCAUCUGCAACUCACCCCCGUACCUCCUGCCCGCCGUGGAGAGCACCACCUACUCAGGCUGCACUACCGAGAGCCUGGUGCAGAAAAUAGGAGAGCGAGGCAUCCACUUCUCCAUCGUUUCUCCGAGAAAGCUGCCAGCCCUCCGGCUUCUGUUUGAGAAGGCGGCUCCUCCUGCCCUACUGGAGCCUUUGCAGCAACCAGCAGACGUCAGCCAGGACCCCAGGCACAUGGUGCUUGUGCGUGGGCUCGUGCUGCCUGUUGGUGGCAGCUCGACCUCAGGCUCUCUGCAGACCAAGCAAGCAGUCCCCUUGCCACCAGCUCCAGCUUCUGCUGCCACGCUGUCAGCAGCGCCCCCGCAGGCUCUGCCCCCUGUCCCACCACAGUACCAGGUUCCUGGGAACCUAAGUGCUGCUCAGGUGGCUGCGCAGAAUGCUGUGGAGGCUGCCAAGAGCCAGAAGGCCGGGCUGGGCCCACGCUUCUCACCCAUCAACCCUCUCCAGCAAGCUGCUCCAGGAGUGGGGCCCCCCUUCAGCCAGGCCCCAGCACCCCCAUUGGCUCCUGUGCCCCCUGGAGCUCCAAAGCCACCUCCUGCCUCACAGCCUAGCCUAGUCUCCACCGUGGCCCCCGGACCAGUCCUGGCAGCUCCUGCGCAGCCUGGGGCGCCGUCUCUGCAGGCAGGCACUGUAACCCCAGGUGGGGUCAAUGGUCCUUCAGCAGCCCAGCUUGGGGGUCCUGCACUUGGUGGGCAGCAGUCAGUAUCCAACAAGCUCCUAGCCUGGAGUGGAGUCCUCGAGUGGCAGGAGAAACCCAAGCCUGCAUCUGUGGAUGCCAACACCAAGCUGACGAGGUCUCUGCCUUGCCAGGUCUAUGUGAACCAUGGAGAAAACCUGAAGACUGAGCAGUGGCCCCAGAAACUGAUCAUGCAGCUUAUCCCUCAGCAGCUGCUGACCACCCUGGGUCCGCUGUUCCGGAACUCAAGAAUGGUUCAGUUCCACUUCACCAACAAGGACCUGGAGUCCCUCAAAGGCCUCUACCGCAUCAUGGGCAAUGGCUUUGCGGGCUGCGUGCAUUUCCCGCACACGGCCCCAUGCGAGGUGCGCGUGCUUAUGCUCCUGUACUCGUCUAAGAAGAAGAUCUUCAUGGGCCUCAUCCCCUACGACCAGAGCGGCUUCGUCAAUGGCAUCCGCCAGGUCAUCACCAACCACAAGCAGGUCCAGCAGCAGAAGCUGGAGCAACAGCGCGGGCUACAGCUCCGUGCACCACAGCCUCAGCCUCAGGGUGCCGUGGGAGCUUCUGCGGCUACAGGGCAGCCCCAGCCCCAAGGUGCUACCCAGGCCCCCACAGGCGCACCUCAAGGUCCUCCUGGAGCAGCCCCUGGCCCACCUCCUUCUGGACCCAUCCUGCGGCCCCAGAACCCUGGGGCCAACCCCCAGCUGCGGAGCCUUCUCCUUAACCCAGCACCGCCCCAGACUGGGGUGCCCCCGCCCCAGGCCUCCCUACACCACCUACAGCCUCCAGGGGCCCCUACAUUGCUGCCACCACAUCAGAGCAUGGGGCAGCCCCAGCUGGGGCCGCAGCUCCUGCAUCCUCCACCUGCCCAGUCAUGGCCCACACAGCUUCCCCAGCGGGCGCCACUGCCAGGUCAGAUGCUGCUGAGCGGGGGUCCCAGGGGCCCGGUCCCCCAGCCGGGCCUGCAGCCCAGCGUCAUGGAGGACGACAUCCUCAUGGACCUCAUCUGAACCCAACACCCAAUAAAGUUCCUUUUAACAAUGCCCGGCUCCCGUGACUGACGCCCCGAGGGCUGUCUUUGCUCUCGCCUUGCAGACUCCCCAAGGCCCCGGCUGGGUGAUGCUGGGCCCUGGGAUGAGUUGGAGGCAGCAUGGUGGGCCUGGUUCUGGGAGACUUGGAGCAGGUGGGCAGGAAGUGUACAGCUCAUGUGCACUCAAGGGGUUAGAGCCCAGAAUGCCUCUGACCCAGCCAGGGUUCCGAGGAGCCUGGAAGGAGAAGCAGAAAUUGGGAGCCAGAAGGACCUAGGUGUAGAUAGCCAAAGCCACAGCGCAGGGCCAGCAGGGCCAGCAGGUGGACACUCCUGGAGCGUGAGCGUUCAGGAAGGAGCCAGAGCCGGAGAGUCCAGACUGGGGAGCUGGACAUUUGUCCUGGGCAUGCAGGACUGCAUAGACUGCUAACGGGGCGGGUGUCAGGAAGGUGUGAUGGAUUGUAGGAGCAGGGCAAGCAAGAGGCAAGGUCAUGGGAGUGUCUAGGUGACACAUGCCACACCAGGAAGUCAGGAUGUCCCCAGCACUGGGUUCAGUUGAGUGUGGGUGAGUUGGGUAGCUCCUGUCUCGCAGAGUACCCCCAGGCUUGUGUGCAGGGCUUCCCCCUGGAGAUGGAGUGAGAUGUUUGUCACACAGGCACAUGUUGUCCUGAGUGUGGUCUGUGCCUGGACCACCACUGCCUGGGUGUGGGACGUCGGUUAAUGUGCAGGUGACCCACCCAUACCAGGAGAGAGGCUGCAAUCUAGUGGCCCAUGGGCCACCACAGAUGGGUUUUGUUUGGCCUUCCCUGUGUCAGCAUGGCACUUUGUCCUCCCGUUAGCUGUAACGCUCCAGUGAGGCUCACACAGUGUGCAGUCUGUUCCUCUCGAUGUGUCAGAGACUGACACUGGACCCGCCCUUCUGCCUGGCAGUCGUAGCCCCGUCAGUGGGGCUCAUGCUCUUGGGUUCGCCACAGUCCCCACCACUCUCUCUUGCUCUUCCACGGUGAGGCAGGGGCCCUGCCUCAGUCACGGGGCUGGCACCAUGGUGGUUGUGUGGUAGCAUUCAGAGAAAAGUGAAAUCUUUCUUGUACCCAUGUCUCCUUCAAAAGUGGCCAAACGAAAGAGAGAAGGAGAGGGCCGCGUGUUUCGAGAAAAGUGGGAGCGAGACUAUUUCUUUGUGGAAGUGAAGAGCAUGCCUACGUGCUUAAUAUGCAAAAAAAACGUGUCAGUGCUGAAAGAGUACAACCUGAAGCGCCACUAUGAGUCCCAGCACAGUAAGAGCUACGAUCAGUACACAGCGCAGAGCCGCGACACACUCCUGCAGGAACUGAAAAGGGCCCUGAGAGCCAGCGAGGCGCUGGAGAGCCAGGAAUAGCCAUGCAGUGCAGUGGAAAGAACUCCCGUGUUCUGAAGAGCUGUCAUCAAGGCUGUCCUGUGAGCCUGACAAGCGUCUGCAGGCUGAAGCACACAAGAGUGAGGCCUUCCGGAUCCACACAGAAACUCUGAGCACAUGGCUAGCUUUAUUUAUUGGUGGUGGUGGCGGCAAUAUCCAUGCAACCGAGGCAGUCUGUGAGGUGGCACCAAGCCAGCCCCUGACUUUGAAGUGACUUGCUCCUGUGCAUGCAAACACAUCAGAAUUCAUAAGCACAACUACAGUCCCAUCAUGGUGACCAGGCUGUCCAUCAUGGGGGCUGUUCCAUACCUCGAUCCCAAGUGGCACUGUUUGCAAGGACCCAGGUCAGGUCCUAGUCUCAGUAACCAGGAAUUGAGAUGCUCAAAGAAACACCAUGACGCCUUCCUCGACUCUGCCAUUCCUGUACUUGAACUGAGCCAAUUGCCUGAGACCAGGACAUGCAGGAAAUCUGAACUGGUAUGUUUGGUUCAUUUCAAAGUGUGCAGAGCCGUGCCCUGGUUCCCUGGAGGACAGUUAGAAACUUUUGGUUGAAGUUCCCACCCUUGUGAACACUGAAUCUGUCUCAGAAGGGAUAUUCACGAACAGCUCCUGAAUGUAUAUGACUGUGGUGUGGUCCUGGCAGGCGCAUGCCUUUGCGAGGAACAGUGGGACUGCCUGCCUUUGGUGCAGCUUGUUUCUGGAAAUGAGAGGCGGCCAGGACCAGUCACCCACACUGUGAGACCCAAGACCAAGUCCCCUGAGGGCCAUACUCUACUUGAACCUGAGCUAACACUGGCUAGCUCGCCCUUACGAUGAUGUGAACGCAGACCCCGGUCCGAGUUGGCAGUGCGACAGGGUGCUUGCAAUUCUGCAAGAUGGCAAGGUUCCUUUGCCUCUGCCCAGCAGUGUCCUGAGUGGCUGCCCACGCUUGUGACAGUCAUUGUUUUCCGUUACAUACCUAAAUCAAAAACUCCAUUUUAAGGAUUAAGGUUGACAUUUCACCUGCCGUCUCUGUCCCAGCCAAUGCCAGCACCGACAUCUGGGUGAAGAAGGGCAGGUGUCAACCUUCCGCUCAAAAGGCACAAGAAAAUUACAAGAGAGAAAUUUUAAUAACUAAAUAUUUCUAUUUUUCAAUUUGUAUUUUUUCAAUUUUGAAUUUAAAGUAUGAACUCUAGUAUCAUCCGUGUUUGUGUUGUAUUCCAUGCGUUCACCAUAGCUCAGUAAAGAUCCAAUUUGAUUA